AUGGUGAGUCCUAGUCUCGCAGAUCUAUCUCUCGAUGAGGAAGGAGGUGAAGAUGGGUUUUGUUUUGAGUUGGCGGAGGAGGAAGGAGUUGCAGAGGAUUUAAAAUAUUGUCUCAUAGGAAGAUUUCUCUGUGAUAAAUCUAUUCAUGUGCAUAAUCUGCCAGGAGGAAUGAUGUUAGAAAAAGUGGGAAAGACUUUGGCAAAUUUUAUCGGUUCUUUUGUGGAGUACGACAAGAACAAUAACACUAGCUUUUGGCGACAAUUUAUGCGGAUUCGAGUUAGAAUCGAUGAUGAUGGCACACGAGAAUGGUCGAAUGAUAUUCGUGCUGAAACACCCAGGUACGGCGGUGGCGGAAAAUCCUUGAAAUGGCUGAGGGAGGAGAAGAAAGAAGAGUCUGCCAUGGAUGAAGGAAAGUAUACUUGGGUAAAGAGCAGAGGUACUGAACAUAUGAUUGAAGAAAGACUCGAUCGGGUGUUCGCGACCCCGGAGUGGUUGAGUUUAUUUCCUACAUUUACUCUUACAAACCUUAUUGCUUCUCCUUCGGAUCAUAGCCCCAUUGUGCUUUCCGAUAAAGUGACCUCCAUAUCGUGCCAUGCUAGAAAAUUCCAGUUCGAAAAUAGUUGGCUGCGAGAGGAUGAUAUACAUUCUGUGGUCUCUUCGGGAUUGAAGAGGGGUGAUGUCAGUACGGUUGAAGACCGCAUCGCUUCUUGUGCGGGAAGCCUUGAGGUUUGGAAUAGAAGAAAGCGCAACAGUAUGCAGAGAGAGCUGAGUAAGAACUUAGAAGUAAUGGAAAUGUUCCGCGAGGGAAACGACAAGUAUUCGUCAGAGAGGUUUCUUGAAGCUGAAACUGAUUAUAAUCAAGCCCUUGGACGGAGAUUUGAAUACGAGUUUUUCCACCAAUCCGCGACGGCUAGGAAUAAAUUCAAGAAAAUUGAGACGCUGCAGAAGGAGGAUGGCAGCAACUGCAGUGAUCCCCAAGAGCUGAGUGAUAUUGUAAAAAAAUACUUUGAGAAUUUGUUUCAAGCCGGUAGUGGUGAUUAUGCACCGGUGCUUAACCUUAUUUCUCCCAGAAUCGAAGAAAGUGAUAACAAUCAAUUAAUUCAGUCGCUAACUAGAGAGGAAAUCCAUGCUACCUUGUUUGCUAUGCACCCAGAUAAAUCUCCGGGGCCGGAUGGUUUCAAUCAGGCAUUUUUUCAGAAUUUCUGGGCUGUUUGUGGGGAUGAUAUUUUUGACGCGGCGACGUCAUGGUUGGAACGUGGGUUUUUUCCUCCUACCAAAAAUGAUACUAACAUCUGCCUCAUCCCUAAAGGGGUAAAUCCUACUUCCAUGAAGGAUUUUAGACCCAUCUCGUUGUGCAAUAUGGUUUAUAAAAUUAUUUCGAAAGCUCUCGCUAAUAGACUGAAGGUGCUUCUAAAUAAGUGUGUGUCCGAGGAACAAUCUGCGUUCAUGGAGGGUAGAUCCAUUCUUAAUAAUGCUAUGAUUGCUACAGAAAUUAUUCAUACACUCAAAAGAAGGACGAAAGGUAAUAAAGUGCACUUGGCUCUUAAAAUUGAUAUCAGCAAGGCUUAUGAUCGGGUGGAUUGGGGCUUUUUAAGAGAUGUAAUAGAACCUAUUGAACCAGGAAGAGGAUUGAGACAAGGGGACCCUCUGUCACCUUAUCUUUUCAUUCUUAUCUCUGAAGGGGCAAAUCUUGCGGAAGUUAUACACCUGAUGAGUUUACUUGAUAUCUAUGCAGCUGCAGCUGGUCAGGAGAUUAAUUUGACAAAAUCAAAAGUAUUUUUUAGCCGUAACUUAAGCUUGCCGGUGCAAGAGGAUCUUGCAAAUAUUAUGGGAGUUCAGUAUGUGCUGGGAACAGGAAAAUAUUUGGGAUUGCCGUCUAUGAUAGGAAGGAGAAAGAGGGCUAUUUUUUCUUUUAUUAAGGAUCGAAUUUGGAAUCGUAUCAAUUCUUGGAAAGGGCGGUCUUUAUCCAGAGCAGGUAAAGAAAUUAUGAUCAAGUCAGUUUUGCAAGCUAUUCCAACUUACAUCAUGAGCAUCUUCAUUCUUCCGGAUGUGGUUAUUAAUGAUAUUGAAAAAAUGUUAAAUUCAUUUUGGUGGGGUGGAGGGUCUAACAGCAAAGGAAUAAGAUGGAAGGCUUGGGAUAAAUUGACUUGUCCGAAAGCUGAUGGAGGUUUGGGUUUUCGGGAUUUUAAGGCGUUUAACUUGGCUAUGGUGGCUAAGCAAGGCUGGUUCCUCAUGAAAAAUUCGAAUGCUUUAGUGUCCCGAAUCUUCAAAGCGAGAUAUUUUCCGAGAUCUAUUUUUCUUGAUUCUAAGUUGGGUUAUAAUCCUAGCUUUGUUUGGCGAAGUAUUUGGAAGGCUAGAGAAGUCCUUAAGAUUGGUUGUAGAUGGCGGAUUGGUGAUGGUAGAAACAUAAGGGUUAUGAAUGAACCAUGGCUAAGGGGGAGUAGAGAAGGCUGUUUAAUGGGUCUGCAAAAUCAAGGUGUGUAUUCUUUAACCGUCCAUGAUCUGUUGUUGACUAAUGUUAAACAAUGGAAUAUGAGAGUUUUAUGUGAUUUGUUUGAUUAUUCAGUGGUCCGAGAUAUUUUACAAGUUCCAUUGACAGAAGAAGCGAUUGAAGACCGUAUGGUUUGGAAGGAUAAUGCUAACGGUAAUUAUAGUGUUCGGUCGGGAUAUAGAAUUUGGAGGAAGCGUCAGGAGAGUGGUGGUUCGGUUAAGGAGGAAGUUAUUGAACUUUGUGGUAAUAAUUAUAAGGAUGACUGGCAUGUUUUUGUUGGAUGUUUGGAAACUCUCUCGUGUUGGCAGUCGGCAGGUCUUAAUGAUAUCAUCUCUUCUCGUCUCCAUAAUUUCCAGGAUCUCAGGUCCCUUAUCUUUGAUAUCUGUAUGAAGGAGGAUAGGAAUACCGCAGGAAGAGUGGCAGUUAUGUUGGAAGGGUUGUGGAAGAAUAGGAACGACUUUGUUUGGCAUAAUGAAAAGGAAGACGCAUCUAAACUUGGAUGGCUAGCAUUCCACAAGUGGCAAGAUUGGUUUAUGGCACAAAAUAUUCGAGAGCCACAAUUAGUUAACAAAGAUUUGGCUUCAUGGAACCCGCCGCCUCUUGGUAGUUUUACUUGUAAUGUGGAUGCUGCCUUUAAUAAGCGCGUAGGGACUACGAAUCGAGGGUGGUGUAUCCGUAACGAUCAUGGUAGCUUUGUUGCUGCAGGUACUGCUUGGGAUGGUAGUAUUCUCUCGGUGCUCGAAGCGGAGGCUUUAGCUCUUAAGGAAGCAAUUCAAUCAGUUAUUAUGCUCCAUAAUGCUCCGACAAUUUUUGAAAGUGAUUCCCAACAGGUGGUUCAAGCUCUUAGUUCCAAUACGUCGGGUAGCUCUGAGUUUAUUUUAAUUAUUAAUUCUAUUAAGUCAUUGCUUUUAGAUUUUCCCAACUUUGAGGUUAAGUUUAUUAAGCGUCAAGCGAAUAUGGUUGCCCACACCUUAGAUAAGGCGGCCAAUUCUUGGUCUCGAUGCUGUAUGUUUGAUGUAAUUCCUCCUUGUAUUACUUUUUAUCUGAUUAAUGAAAGCAGUUAA